AAUCCCCGACCCCCUCCUCCCGCCCGCACCCCCCGCCACCGCCGCACCCCGGCGAGCACUGCCCUAAUUGGAUUCAACUAUGAUAUCCGAGACGCAGUGCGCCUCGUUCCGGCGAUAUUCCCCAAUUACUUACUCUCGUUCCAGAGCGCGAUGGCGAGAUCUGGCGGCAAGCGAGGCGUGAUGGAGCACCACUGCCUGAACCGAUUCCGCCGCCGGCGACUCCUCGCCUUCCUCCGCCGCAACAGCCUUCCCGCCACCUUCGACGCGCUGAAGCACGAGACGAGCGUCUUCUUGGACGUGCGGUUCCUGCGGCGCCUGGUGGCGGGCGGCCGGUGGCAGGAGGCGCGAGAGUACUUGAGCCGCUUCCUGCCGUGCCAGGACGAGGUCGACGCGCCCACCGCGCUCAGAUUCCUCACUCGCCUCAACGUUCUCGACGACCUCGCCCAGGGCAAGCUGGAGGGCAUCGAUUUGGCCCAAGAUCUCCGGAACCAAAUCGACGUUAUCCCUUCCACCAUUUUCCGCGAGGACCCGCACUACGCCGCGGCUCUCCGCACAGUCUUGUUCUGGCGCUCUCACCCGACAUACUGGGGUCCCGUGGACUGGCAGCUCAUUAGGCGCAAAGCCGCGCAGGUUGUCAAGGACUUGGUCGCACGAACCCCUGAGUUCAGGCAUCUGCUGCGGUUGCCGCCGUGUCCAAGCCACCCAUGUUACACCAUCCCCUUCGGGUUUGGGGGUUGCCGGAGGCAUAAGAGGAAGAAGAACAUAGGCCGGAUGUCGGCAUCUCUUCUUGCCCGCCGUUUUCUUCAGAAAGAGAGGCGUCAUUCCUCACCAUGGACUCAAGGUUCAUCGUGUGAACCUAUGGGUUUCGAGGAAAUUAUUGAUGAAACUAUGUUAGCUGGGAAGCUGGAGGUCAUAGAACAUUCAGAUUCUUGUAGUGAAGGCGAUCCUGGUUCUCCUGUUGGGUUAUCUAUAGGUAAAAGUUUUGGAACUGCACCUGCUAAUGCAGUCACAAAGCGUUUGAGUCAAGAAUGUUCCGCUGAAAGUUCCAAUGGUGCAAAACUAAAACCUACAACUGGGCAGUUUUGUCCGGAUGUCGUCGAUGCACGUUCUGGUUGGACGGUGGACGCCAAUCAUGUUUUAAAUAAAAUAGAAACCCUCGGAGACAUUUCAACUGCCAUGGCCAUGCUAGUGAACAAGACAUGCACAUAUGGUGGUCCAGAUCACACGAUGUUCCUGGAGAAAACAUUUGAGCACGAGAAGAUGAUAUUCGAACUGCGAUUAGAUUGCCAAAAGGCAAAAACUAAGAGGUUGAACUUAUCCAUUGGCAACUUGAGCACCCGACAGAACUAGAAACUCUUAGCCGCUGCAUCUAUUGAUCCGCCUUGGUUUUGAUCUUUAGUAUAUGUACAAGUUAUGGUGUAUUGUUUUCUUCCUAAUGCUCUACCAGAAGAAGGGCUAUGGUAUCUUUUUCUUUUUGUAAGAACCUAAUCAUGCACUUUGGAGAGGAUUGGUAGCCUGUACGUAGGACUGUAGAAAGCAUGCAGAGGCAGAGUUUCUGCUC